AAUCACCUCAAUUUAUUACAAAUUGUAAUAUAGAACUUAUACCUAUAUUAGAUGAAACAAUAAGCGAACAUUCUCAAUUUUAUAAAAAUAUGCAUAAUGAUGAUUUAUCAAAAAAUUUAUUAAGAGCGACAUCUGCACAGAGAUCCAGAAGACCAUCUCAUUCUAGUCUGAGAACUUCAGGGGAUUCUUUGACUAAUACAUCAAGGUAUUUCUUUCGGCAAAAGCUCGACAAUGCAGAUAAAUUGAGGUCUCAAGGACAAAUUUACUAUGUGUCAGGAAACUAUAACGAAUCUCUUGAUUACUUAAACGAGUCUUUAAAGGCUAAUCCAGAUGAUGCUGAUGCAUUGAGGUUUCGAGGUCAAUCUUAUUUUGAGUUAGGGAAAUACCAAGAUUCUUUGAAAAAUUUAACGGAUUCAUUAAAUAUUGAUCCUAAAAAUGCGAUCACUUUAAGAUUUUUAGGAAGAUCUCAUUAUAAGCUGAAAAAUUAUAAAGAGUCACUGGAUUUUGAGCCUAAAAAUGUUAUUACAUUAAAAUUUCUAGCCCAAUCUUAUUUUAAGUUAAAUAACUAUAAAGAGUCUUCAGUAACUUUGACCAAAUUAUUAAAAAUUGAUUCCAAAAACGCGAUCGCAUUAGAGCUUCUAGGAAGAUCCUAUUAUAAGCUAGGAAAAUAUAAUGAAUCUCUUGAAAAAUUAACAGAAACAUUGAAUAUUGAUCAAGAAAACGUUGUUGCAUUAAGAACCCGAGGACAAGCUUAUUAUAUGGUUGGGAAUUUUAAAAGUUCCCUUGAAGAUUUAGAUAAAGCAUUAAACAUUAGUCCAAAUGAUGCAGAAGCUCUAAGAGCCCGAGGA